AUGGGGUCCCCAGGCACAAUGCUGGUCCUCCUGGUGCAGUUCUGGGUCCUGCAAGGAGCCACAGGCCUGACUGUGCAGCAGGCACCGAAGUUGUUGCAGGUGAGACAGGACAGCCAGGUGACUUUAGCCUGCCAGGUGAUGCAGGACCCAGCCUGGGAGCAGCUCCGUGUCGAGUGGAUCAAGGACGUUGACAUCCUUUGCCAGACACACAUCAUCAAUGGCAGUCUGAGCGAGGAUGUCUGUGGGCCUCAGGGAUGGCUCUCCUGGCAGCCGCCUGGCAACCUCACCCUGCAGCUGAACCACGUGAGCCUCAAUGACAGUGGACUCUAUGUGUGUGGGGCAACCGUGGAGAUCCCUGAUUGGGAGGAGGCCCAGGGCAACGGGACGCAGCUCCUGGUGGAGACAGGUGGCUGGCUACAGGACCAGAGCUUCUCAGGCCUCUACUUCGCGCCGCUGGUGACGGGGGCCGUGGCCGUGGCCGUGGCCGCUUUCGCUCUGGGCGCUGGGAUCUGGGGCCGCCGCCGCUGCCGGAACGGGGAUGCAGGCAGUCCAAUCUACAGCAACGUCCUAUACCGGCCCCGGAGAGCCCCAAGGAAGAGUGAAGCAUGGCCUGUGGAAAGGAAGGUGCUGGACAGUGAGGAUCAGAAGGGCCAAAGCUUCUACUCGAUCUCUUUCCCCCAGCGCCCCACCCCCAAGUCGCAUCUGGCUCCCAAAUCUUGCCCCAGUCCCAGACCCAUUCACCCCAUCUCUGCAGUCAGAAUCUCUCCUGGCCCAGGCUCCUCUAGGCAGCCAAGGUCAAGAGGGUUCCUUGAAGUGGGAAGAGAAAUCAGAACCCCAGGAGAGCCAGAGAAGACCUCCCCCCAGCGACUAUAUAAAGAUGUGACUUAUUCCUAG